AUGCAACAAUCCAGGCCAGAAGACAAGUCCCCCAACGAAAUCAACCAUGUCGAAACUCGAGGUGACGAUGUAAUUCAGGGGAAGGAGGCGGUUGCCGAUGCCGCAUCCAAAGGUCAGGCCUUGACUGGAUACGAGACCCUCACUGGAAAGGAGACUGCGAUGAAGUUCAAGUGGUGCACCUUCUUCGCUUUUCUUGCCGCAUUUGCGGCCGGAGCAGAUGGAUAUCAGAUCGGUUUGAACGCUGGAAUUCUCGCAAACCCGGGCUUUGUUGCACAGUUUGCCACCAAAACCACGGCAAAAGGAAAACCGGCCCUUGACUCCAACAUCAUAGCUGCCUGGGGAACCAUCCUUCCAGUUGGACAAAUCAUCGCCCAGCUUUUCCUACCAUUCAUCGCAGCUCCGUACGGACGCAAGGUGUCCUUCUACAUCUGUUGGCUGAUUCUCACAGCGAGUAUAGUUGGUGAGAGCUUUGCUCGACGCUGGGAGCAUUGGCUGGUAGCGAAGAUGUUGGCUGGAAUGGGACUUGGGUGUUUGCAGGUCACCCUUCCUGCGUACAUUUCAGAAAUCUCCCCCAACCGCAUUCGCGGUUCCGUUCUCAUGACAUAUAAUAUGUGGUGGACUAUUGGAACCUUCUUUGCUUACUUGGCCAUGGAGGUCUUAUCGAAGAAGGAUAAAAAUGACUGGCUGACUCCUGUCUACACUCAAUGGGGUCACAUUGGUCUCAUGGGUAUUAUUUUCCUCGUGCUGCCAGAGUCCCCUGCUUGGGCUGUUACCAGAGGAAAACUCGACACAGCCAAGAAGGCGCUCACUCGACUUUACAAGAAUGUCGAGGAUUUCAACAUCGACCAGCAGGUCGAAGUCCUGGUUUUGCUGACCGAGCAUGAAGCGGAAGUGGCUAAGAUUCAAAAGCGAGAGAAGUGGUACGCCAUCUUCCGUGGUACUGAUAGACUCCGCACUAUUUGUGCUCUCUGGACUAUUACAUCGCAACAGUUUACUGGUUUGGUCUUGUUUUCCACCUUCGGCGCCUACUUCUUCCAGCAAGCAGGUGUGGGUGACCCGUUCCAGAUCAAAGUUAUCGUUCUUGGUAUCAAGCUAGUAGCUGCUGUUUUCGUCGUUUACUACGCCGAUACUGUUGGAAGACGGUGGAUCAGUUGCGGUGGUACCACUUCCAUGUGGGCCGCCAGUCUGAUAGUUGGCAUCUUGUGUGUGGUUCCCCGAACGAAAGCUGUGAACUACAUCACCAUUCUCUUCGCUGUCAUCUGGAACAUUGGUUUGACUAUGACUGGUGCCACUGGAUGGGGUUUCAUUGGCGAAGUAUCCUCUCAACGACUUCGACCUUACACCUCUGGAGCUGCAGGCGCGGUCAAUGGGAUUGUUAAUGUUGUCAUGAAUCAAUUGGUCCCGCACAUGGUGAAUGCGAAUGAAUGGAAUUGGGGUCUUAAGGCUGGCUUCUUUUAUGCCGGAAUUGGUCUGCCCUUUGCUAUUGGAUGUUGGUUCAUCGUUCCCGAAACUGCACAACGUUCUGCUGCUGAGCUGGAUGAACUCUUCGAGCGCAAGAUUGCCCCUCGUCGAUUCGGCAAGACGGAGACUGCUACUCAACGAGCUGUGGCUGCCAACAACAUGACAAACUAG